CAAUCUUAGGAGUCUUUGUCCUCCUGUGUGAAGAGGAGCUGCGUCUCUUUCUCCUCACUCUUACUCUGGACGUCUGUACUGUUUGUAUUGGAUCAACUAGCAAAACAAACUCUGCAGACAACGUUUGUUUUUUACUAAGAAGCUUUUCAUCUGAGUUUGAUGAUAACUGUGAUUAUCAUGAAGAAAAAGAAAAUACUGAGCUUCAGUGUUUCUGUUUUCUUCGUUUUCUUCAUCACAGGUGCAGCCUCCACCAGCGACUACGCCGAUAAUACAGAAGACUCUUCUCCUCAGCUGGACUAUAACGAUCCCCAGUGGUGUCACAGCCUCGGUCUGACCAACGGAGAAGUAACAUGUCGCUCUCCUCGAGGGGGCGGGGUCUAUAGCAGCCAUCUGGGAACUCGCUGUGAGAUGAGCUGCGACCGCGGAUAUCGCUUGAUUGGGCGGAGUUCCAUCCAGUGUCUUUCCACUCGCCGCUGGUCCGCAACGGCUUUCUGUCGCAAGAUGCGUUGUCGAGUACUGCCUCUGAUCCAUCACGGCCGAUACGCCUGUACUCACGGGUUUGAGGUGGACUCCAGGUGCGACUUCACCUGUAACUCUGGUUAUCGGAUUGAAAGCGAACAUUCGCGCACCUGUCAGCGCGGGGGCUCUUGGAGUGGAGUUCAGCCUGAAUGUGUAGAUACUGAGCCUCCAAAAAUCAAGUGUCCUCCUUCAAGGCUGAAGGUGGCAGAGCCUGGAAAACUGACGGUAAGAGUGUCCUGGGAUCCUCCUGUAGCCACAGACACAGCUGAUAAGUUCCUCCAAGUUAUUUUAGUGGGUCAAGAACCAGAUACUGAGUUCAGCGAAGGAGUGACUGUAAUCAGAUAUAAAGUUUACGAUCAGGCUCGGAACAGAGCAGCCUGCAAGUUUCUCAUCCGUGUAGAAGUGAGGACAUGUCCACCUCUGGCUCCACCUCUCCACGGGUACCUGACCUGCUCCUCAGACAGAAACAUUUAUGGAUCCUCCUGUGAUUAUAAAUGUGACGGAGGAUAUGAGCUGAUGGGAGUUUCCAGUCGAGUCUGUCAGUUCAGCAGAAACUGGGAAGGAGAUCCAGCUCAGUGUGUCUCAAUGAAGAUCAAAUACGAUGUGAAGACGGCCUCGGCGCUCCUGGAUCAGUUCUACGGGAAGAGGAAUCUUCUGAUCCUGUCUGCUCCAAACAUUACUGACGCAGACUACCAGCUGCAGAACAUCAUGAUUCAGAAAGCAGACUGUGGGCUGGACCUGAGACAUGUGACCCUGAUCGAGCUGCUGGGGUCAGGAGAACAAGAGAUAGGCCGCAUCAAAGAAAGUCAUCUAAGCUCCGAAGUCAUCGAGGGGCUUAGGCAAGUGUUCCGGAUCUCCAGGACUUAUUUCAGCAUGCUUCUUCUGGACAACCGUGGCGUGGACAGAGAACGUUUCAUAACGCCGUUAGCCUCCGAUCAGCUGUUCUCCUACAUUGACAGUUUCCUGCUGGACGAAGAAGAGCGAGAGAGGUUAGAGCUCCACAAAGACUUUUGCGAUGAGCCAGAUGAGUACCUUUGAGAGGCAGAGGCGGCUACGGGCACUAAGAGCCUUCAACUGGUCACGGUAGUACGGUUCGAUAGCAAAUGUUAACACUAGAAUCUUAUAACAACCGACAUCACGUUUCUCCAAGGUCAAUAUAAUCGUCACUCUUACCGAGGACUACUGUAGUUUGGUUGUGAAAACAUCUUUACAAAAUCUCGAGAUGUUUGUAAUGAAUUGCUUUAUGUUGCUUAACCAGCAAGUGCAGGUCAAUGGUUAAUAUCAGGACGAAAUGUGAUUCCUUUGUGCUGAAGCGUCACUGCUGCCACCUGGUGUUCAUCAGAUGGAGGUAAUUUAAGGCCAGGGUUGAGGACUUUGGGAACAAAAAGUCCAAACAAACUGGGCAAAUGUAAAAUCAACUUUAUUCAUGCCAUAUAAAUAGAUUAUAUCUUCGUAUCAUUGAAAAGAAAAAUGUUUAUAUAUAUUACUGAAUAUAGGUGGUUAUAAAAGGUUUGUACAUAAAAAUAAUUUGGUGCACAUUUCAGCUUUGGGGUCUCAACUGGUUUUGAAAUGUUCAUCAAUAAAACUGUGAAGAGUU